AUGCAAAGACAGUUAUUUCGAGCUGUGUGUCUGACCCUGCUCCUGGGCACCGUCCUGUCGUGCGUCGCGUCAGAAACAAGUGAACAGAAGCCUGCGGCAGAUUUCACAACCACCAUCCCGAAAGAGGGACUCGAGAGGGACGUGGAGCAAGUCUUUUAUCUCGGACCGUCCAGCACGCUCCAGGUCAUCGACGAAACCGGGAAAGCCAAGUAUCUGCCGGAACCGAGCACAUCCUCGGAUGAGUCUUUGGCGGAGUCGUACCCUGCCGCGUAUCGAUUUGAGAAUGGAGCGUGUGAUUUCACCCAGACUGUCGAGUUCAAGGAUGCAUUUCAAGGGUACACAAAACCAAUGUGGGUUCUCGAAGAGUCGGAUUCGGUGGAGACUGAGGGUGCAUCCAUGGGAGGACCAUUGAGGUACACGUUUACGAAUCCGUCUGCAGAGUAUUUAGGUGGGGGUUCGAGUUUUUGUGUGCGGUUCAAGACGGUGCUGGCUACGGGGUCGGAUUCAGUAACCACAUCCACAACCUCCAGGACGUCUAAUGGCGAUUCCAACUCACGACCGCCAAGCACUGUCAGGCCAGAGCCGGAUGUCCCAAGCAACGAAGAUGGUCAAGAGAAUCGACCAAAUGCAGAUCAGCCGCCAGAACCGUCUCCAAGUUUACCUGGAUCCGGUGGACACCAAGAUUCUUCCGCUGGGGAAGAUGGGAAGGCGGAAGGGCAUGAACAAGCGGCCCAAAAACCGAACCCUAACUUAUCCAGCGUACCCUCCGGUACUACCGGUAUAAACGCAUCAUCACCGGAGCUGCCUCCAGAGGGCACAGAACAGGACCUUGAAUCACAUUCUGUAGCCGAAUUUACGCAGAACACCACAGAAGGAACGCCGCCUGCAAUCGAGGACGGUGAUGCUGUCGGGAUUGCCAUUCGAGGACACAACGGUGCGCCAUUGCGACGGCUUGACGAGACGCCUGCCACGGAAGAGGCUUACUUGACUUUGAUAGUACAUUCCGCAGCCUGGAGCUCUGAAGGUAGAAUGGGUGCAUUUACGGCUGUUCUUCUCACUGUGGCAGUCACACUCUUGCAGGUUUCUUAG